AUGUUUCAACCACCACUCAAGGACCAACCGUCCCCUCUCUGGCAGAAGGCUCUCGAGAACUUCCGCGAAGAGCUUGCCGGAGACGAUGACCUUGCAAUGAUCCUGGGGACAAAAGGUGUUGAAGAAGUGCUUCAAGAUGCAAAAUUGCUGCAGCCUGUCGGAUCUCCAGGGAGGAAGGCACUGGAAUCCGUCAAUAGACUGAAGCCGAUGAUCAAAUUUGUUAAUGAUUUCUCCGCCGUGUUGGCCGUCACCUUCGGUGCCGACACUAUGAUGACAGCUGUGGUCUGGGGCAGUAUCCGAAUGAUACUAACACUGGCUUCUUCUACUGGUAACACGCUUCAGGAAGUGUGCGACAUGCUUGAGGAGCUUAGUCUGACAUUGCCCCGUUUUCGGACGUAUGAGCGGACGCUCCCAAUGAGUCAAGAGUUGGAGGACUCACUGCUAGCGGUCUAUACGGAGGUCAUCUGCUUCUAUGCGCGAGCGAUUCACUUCUUCCGCGGCCAUAAGCACGUUCACGUUGUUCGAAACUCCUGGCCAGAGCUGCGUGGAGAUUUCAACAGGACGAUCCAGCGGAUACGACGGCUUUCCUCAACCGUUGAGAGCGAGGUCGAGCUCACGCGCAUGCGCCGCGAUAAUCGGAAAUAUCACGAGGUCCUCGAAGUCAUGUCGAACCUACGCGCUCAGCCACCUGCAUAUGAGAAGAAAAAAUACUACUACCUUCCCUUCAGCGAAAACCCUCGAUUCUGGGGUCGCGAGGACAUCCUUUCCCAGAUUCAAAGCUCGUUGGAAGUGGAAGGAAAAGCCACGUUACGGUCGUUUGCGCUCCAUGGAAUGGGCGGGGUGGGAAAAACACAGAUCGCUCUGAGAUACGCAAAUGAUUCGCGUACCAAGUAUGAUGCAAUAUUCUGGCUUGCUGCAGACAAUCUUGUCACGAUUGGACAGAGUUACCGAGAGAUCUCAAAAUGCCUUGGACUGACUAAAGCCGAUAUGCAAACGGACGACAAUGCAGUAAUGCUGGGGGUGAAAGAGUGGCUCGCGGAGACGAAUAAUGCCGACGACCUGGACCUAGCGAAGCAUGCUUGGCCGAGAAGCUCCUCGGGCUCCAUCCUGGUAACAAGCCGGGACUCGAAUGCGGCCUUUGCCCUUGCUUCAGAUGGCUGUCUGGUCACGCCUUUCGAUAUUGAAACUGGUUCGGCCGCGCUGCUGAACUUCCUCGGUGCUGACCAGACGUCACAUCCCAAUCAAAAGGAAGCAAAAGCAAUUACUACUGCCCUCGGCGGGUUACCCCUCGCACUCAAUCAAAUAGGUGGCUUCAUAGUACAUCGAAAAGUUCCCUUGCAUAAAUUUCUAGCCUUGUACGAGAGGAACGCAGCGAGUAUUGACAGCAAAAGCGCGAGAAAUAUGGACUAUAGUCACACUCUGGCAACAGUGUGGGAAAUGUCCCUGGAGAAGCUUUCUGGGAAUGCAAAGGCGCUUCACAUGUUGCUGUCCUUCCUCGAUCCCGACUGCGUUCAAGAGUCUUUGCUGAGAGAAGAGUCGGGCAAUAUAGAAAAUCCCGAAUUCCAAUUCCUACAGGACGAGAUGGAGAUUCUCGACGCAGAAGAACUGAUGCUCCAAGCCGGGCUCGUUCAAAAGUCCGAGGAAAAUGAAGUGCUUUCUAUUCAUCGACUUGUCCAGACAGCUGUCAUCAGACGAAUGAGUGAUAAGGAACGGCAAGCAUACUUUAGCGCAGUCGUCGACCUUCUAUUCCCUACUUUCCCUGAUACAUACAGUGCCGACCUGGGUCAUCAGGUCGCUUCAUGGUCACGAUGCGAGAGAAGCCUCCCUCAUCUGCACCAUCUUUUGAAGCAAAACGAAAAGUUCAAGGUUUACGUGGGGAAUAACCAGAAGUUUGCGGAACUUCUGUAUCUUUAUGAACGGGAGAACUACAGCAUUGCACGAACCUACAUAGAGGCAGCUAUGGGGGUAUUUUCCGAUCGCAGCACACUAGCAUAUGCAAGCGCAGUCGAGUUGCAAGGCCUCAUCGAGCUCGAUAUUGGCCACCCACAGCUCGCUCUAGAAUCUUUCCAACAAGCAUACAACUGCCGCGCUGCACUACUUCCAGCCAACGAUUCAUUCUUGGCAGCCAGCUUCGUCGAAAUUGGCCUCGCUUAUACGGAGAUUGGAGAUCUAGAGAAGGCACACGAACACCUUCAGCGAUCCAUCGAUAUCCGUUUGGAAGCCAACAGCGACAGAAUAGGAAAUUCGUACAGCAACAUGGCCAGUCUGCUACUACGCAUGGGAAAGCCCGAUAGCGCAGAGGAGAUGCUUAAAAGGUGUCCCUCCCUGAAGGAUUUCACGGACGACACUUUUCUCAAAACCGGCAACCCUCGGUUCUCUGGGGAUAUGGUGUUGCUCGCCCGUAUAAGAAUGGCACAGGGCUUGCACGACGAUGCGCUUCGGCUUGCUUCUAAAGCUCUGACGUUUCGAAGAGGGUGCUUAGGUGAGCGUCUGAAAGUCUGCGACUCCCUGUACCAGGUUGCAGAUAUCUUGCAAUAUCGAGGAGACUCGGCUUCAGCAAUUCAACUACUCGUAGAGUGUGUCAAGAUAUCUGAAGCUCUUCCAGAAUCCGAAGGCCAGAGGCACCUAGCCCGAGCGCUAUUCAAGCUAUCCAAGGUUCUCGAGUCGCAGGGAUGUAGUCAAGAGAGUGCUGAGUAUAUGGAACACGCUGUCAGUGUCAAGGAUAAUAUUUCCAAGAGAGAUGGAUGUGCAUCCGACUUCGCAGGUCUCGUCCCAUGGAUGCUCUGGUAA